GUAUUCUCCCUCCCUUACAACUUCUCCUCUCCUGUUUGCGAAACCCUCUCCGUCGCCCAUUCCCUAUCCUCACAUAUCAAUUCUUCUCCAAACAUGGCAGCAACAUCCUUCUCACAACUCUCGCCAGGCGAGACCAUUGUUAAACUCCCAUACCCAUAUCACACCCCCUACGUCGUGGCCAAGUCAGCCCGCACCCAUGGCGGCCGUCCGCUCUACCAGCUCCAUGUCGCAGACAGCGUACCGAAGGGCCUUGCCGCCGAUCGCGUCUCCCACCCGCAAUUGCACAGCGACUCGCUCUUUUUUACGGAUCUGGAGGACCUCAAGUCGUCGGAGCGCCCGCACGAGUCCAACAAUACCCCCUGGGGUCGUGCAAGGCGCUCCCCUGCCAUCGUGGCCGUCUGGGAUUCCAAGAAGGCUGCCCUGCCAACCCCCGCGCAGCUCUGGUUGCUUGCCUAUCUCGUCCAUACUGUCCGCCCGGCCGAGGAAGCCUUCCGCCUGACCCUCGACAGCGGCAGCGGCGGCGAGGCCGGCGCCGCGGCGCUCGCGUCUCGCCUGCGAGACCUCAUGCUCGCCAUCGAUCACCCGAGGCGCAAAGACCAGAGCCCGCCGCCACCCGAGCCCGCCGCCACCAACGAAGCCGCCGCGCCGGAGCUCCUCGUCCUCCGCUCCGCCUUUUGGCAGGGCGCCGCGUCCCCCUUCGGCCCGCGGCCCGUCUGGGCGCCCGACGAGGCCGGCGUCUCGGCCUACCCGGCGCCCGCGCUCGACCACCGGCUGACCGACGAGCCGGGCACGGCGCUGUGCUGGCACCCGCGGCGGCCGGCCAAGCCGCGCCCGGGCAGCGUCGUCUACAGCCGCUACGUGCCGCACCUGCGCGAGACCUUUAGCAUGGUCGCGCUCGACUACCGCGACGAGAAGCACCUGGGUUUGUUCCACGCCUGGCAGAACGACCCGCGCGUCAGCCAGGGCUGGAACGAGACGGGCACGCUCGAGCAGCACCGCGAGUACCUCAGGCGCGCUCACGAGGACCCGCACCAGGUCACCGUGCUGGCCGCGUUCGAGGGCGUGUUCUUUGCGUACUUCGAGAUCUACUGGGGCAAGGAGGACCGCCUGGGCGCGUACUAUUCGGCCGGCGACUUCGACCGCGGCCGGCACUCGCUCGUGGGCGACGUGCGCUUCCGCGGCCCGCACCGCGUCUCGGCCUGGUGGUCGAGCCUGAUGCACUACAUGUUCCUGGACGAGCCCCGGACCAUGGACCUGGUGGGCGAGCCAAAGUACACAAACAGCACCGUGUUGGGCUACGACUUUAUCCACGGCUUUGGCGUCGACAAGUUCGUCGACCUGCCCCACAAGCGCAGCGGCCUGAUGCGCUGCUCGCGUGAGCGCUUCUUCCAGCUCUGCCCCCUGGCCGAGAACGACAAGGUGGUGGGCGGGACCGGAGUCGGGAUCGUGCCCAAACUGUGAUUUCUUGGUCGCCAUAUAGUUUUCCUAUUCCAUUAGCGCGGGUUUACGACACGUAAUACUCUCCGUUUGUUCCG